CCGGGCUGCAGUGGGCAAUCCACAAUUUUUUAGUUCACAUUUUGUUAAGAGUUGUAUAUAGCUAGCUACUAUAUAUUAAAUUAUUGGUAUAUUAGGAUUGUUGUUUUAGUGCUAACUAAAGAAAUAUAUUUAUAUACAAAGACUUUUUUAAAAUGCAAGCUAAACAUCGAGAAUCACUUCGGAAACAUCGAUUGGAGUUAUGUCGAGGCAUGGACAAUCACAGCAAAUCUGUUGUUACUCAAUUAGUGGACAGAAAAAUUAUGACAAAUACUGAUGAACAAAUAAUAAUAAGAGAAGUUUCUUCUGUAAAACAAAAUGAAAAGAUAUUAGAUACUUUAACUAAACGAGGUCCGAAAGCAUUUCAAACAUUUAUAGAAAUUUUAAAUGAUAUGGGUCUAAACCAAUUAACUGCCUUGUUGCUGGGAGAUAAUGAAAACCAAACAGUUAACGACACCCUAGACGGUCGACCAGCUCCGGACGAAAAACAGAAAACAACAGAUAGUAGUAGCACAAGUCCUGUUGAUAAGCUAGCAAAACUGGAUGAUGAUAUUGACACGGUUGACAUGCCUCCACACGAGCAAGAGGAUGGAAGAUUCGGCGGAAUAGGAGGAAAGAAGAAAACAGACGUGCCAUCUAAAAUGGAGACGGUGGAAACACCCAUGGACAUUUGUUUCAAUCCGGAAGAUUGCUACUCAAUGAAGAGGUUACCACGUGGUCGAUUCCUUCUAAUUAACAACAAAGACUUUUUGCCCGAAUCAGGAAUGGCGCCUUAUACUCGGAACGGUACGGAUGUAGAUGCGCAGUGCAUGAAAGAGCUGUUUGAAGAACUAGGCUUUGACGUCGAAUACCAUCGAAACAUUACCGUUUACGAAAUCAGGAAAGCUUUUAAGAAAAUGGCAACUUUGGACUACAGCCAGUAUUCGGCUUUUGCAUGUUGCGUUUUAAGUCAUGGCCAAGAAGGUAUUCUGUAUGGAACAGACGGUACUGUCGAUAUCAAAGAAUUAACUGCGUUUUUUCGGGGCAAGAACUUGGCUGGAAAACCAAAAAUGUUUUUCUUCCAAGCAUGUCAAGGUUCUGAAUACAUGGAUGGAGUUGAACGCGAUUCAAGUAUGGAAGACGAGACAGACGGACCUCCUGAGUAUGGUAAUGAAAUUUCUCUUCCAACGGAAGCAGAUUUCUUAUAUGCGUACUCAACGGUUCCGGGAUAUUAUUCGUGGAGAAACUCUGUCAAAGGCUCUUGGUUUAUCCAAGCCAUCGUAGAAGUUUUUCGAAAGUACGCUCAUAAAAUGGAUGUUGUUCGAAUGCUGACACGUGUGAAUCAAAUUGUGUCAACGAAGAAGUCUCAGACUGGUCAACGCCCUUCCCAUCACAAACGACAGAUUUCAUCCGUCAUCACACAACUAAGAAAGGAAAUUUACCUCUUUCCACCGCACGGCCCUCUAAAAGAACUGAAAGCUGAUUAUUAGAAGCUAGUUAAUAUUUUAAUAUUUUUAAAGAAUGUGUUUUUGUUUUGAUAUGUUUUUGAUUGGUUGAUAGAAUAAGGCGUUUGCUAUGCCUAACUGAACCAAUGAUAUUGUAGAUCCUACAAUAUGAUUGGUCGAUAAAAACACUGUAUUCAAAUUUUCGCAAUGCAUUAAUUGUGUAAUAGUGCCUUGUCCUUGAUUUUUUCUAUAAGGAAAAUUUUUUUUUCCUAUAUAAAAAAUGAGUGUUUUGUCAGACCUGUUUUGUGUUUAGAAUGCACGAAAUAUUUUGACUGAAAUACUAAAUUCGAUGCAUUUUAAAGACUCCCGAGAAUUUUUCUACAGGCUAACAACUACAGUUUGAAAAAACACUUUUUAGAUAAGCGACAAGCAACAUCUUUCUUGUGUUUUGAUUUCAUUACUUUAACCUUAUUUUUAGUAACUUUAUAAUAGUUUCAAACACAGUAAAAAAUAAAAUGCAAAUUAUUAGAUUUUUGUACAUAUUAACACACGCUCGUAAAUCUUCAAAAAUCUAUUUAUGCUGUUGGUUAUUUCUAAUAAAUAAUUUUUAAGGUUUUAAGUAAACAAGGGCGCUGUUUUUGAGCGGUGAUGCUGUUUGUUCUCAAUUGGACAAACAUGAGCACACGAUUUGCUUUUAAACAAGUUGAUUAAACAAGUUAAAAACAAUGUGUAAAAACAUGCUUUAACUUAUACCUACAAAGGGGCAGAAAAAAAGACGUGCAAAAGUUGUGCUGUUUUCUUAUCCCCAGGGUCGCGGGUUACUUAACAUGAAAAUACGGUGUGUGACAUCAUGGAAACUUUAUGUUUUGUAGUUCGGUUAUUUUAAUUGAGUUUGAGUGCACAUAGUUCGUUUUCUAACUAUCAAGACAGUUUGACCACGUCUAUUCAAUCACACGCACGGAUAGUUCGACUUUGUUUUGUAUUUCGUUCAAAAGAUUAUGUUUUGGUUUUAAUUUUGGUAGUGAUUUUAGUAUUUUUCCAGUACAUAUAAUUUUUUCCUUUCAACAGCGAACGCUACGUAUUUUUCCCCAUGUACUUUUCAUCUAAAUAUCCGAGAAAAAGUUCAGUGAAAAGAAAGAAAAACCUCAGUGGAGGAGUGUUUUAUAUCAUUUAGUUUUUCUUUAAAAUUUUGAUUAAUAUAAUAAGUGUGACAUAUAUAUAAAUAUAUAGUCUUAAUAUUUGUCAGAAAAUGUUUUUUUAAAUGCGUACUUGUAUCUUUUUACCGUUAAAUGAAAACAUAAAAAAUAAUUUGAAGAUUUUGA